CCUAGCACGGCCAGGCGAAGGGGAGCCGGCGUGCGGGGUGUGUAUGUGUUCGCUGGGCGCCGGCUCAGCCCCAGGAAGAUGGUGGCGGCGGCGGCGGCGACUGAGGCGCAGCUGAAGGGGAGCACGACGGCGACAGCAGCGCCCGCGGGCAGGAAGGGCAGGCAGCACGGACCCUGCGCCGCGACAGGGGCCUGGAGGCCGGGGCCGCGCGCCCGGCUGUGUCUCGCGCGGGUGCUGUCGCGGGCGCUGCCCCCGCCGCCGCUGCUGCUGCCACUGCUCUUUUCGCUACUGCUGCUGCCGCUGCCCCGGGAGGCCGAGGCCGCUGCGGUGGCGGCGGCGGUGUCAGGCUCGGCCGCAGCGGAGGCCAAGGAAUGUGACCGGCCGUGUGUCAACGGUGGCCGCUGCAACCCUGGCACCGGCCAGUGCGUCUGCCCCACGGGCUGGGUGGGCGAGCAAUGCCAGCACUGCGGGGGCCGCUUCAGACUAACUGGAUCUUCUGGAUUUGUAACAGAUGGACCUGGGAAUUAUAAAUAUAAGACGAAGUGCACAUGGCUCAUUGAAGGGCAGCCAAAUAGAAUAAUGAGACUUCGCUUCAACCAUUUUGCUACAGAAUGUAGCUGGGACCAUUUAUAUGUUUAUGAUGGGGACUCAAUUUACGCACCUCUGAUUGCUGCCUUUAGUGGCCUCAUUGUUCCUGAAAGAGAUGGCAAUGAGACGGCCCCUGAGGUCACUGUCACUUCAGGUUAUGCACUGCUGCAUUUUUUCAGUGAUGCUGCUUAUAAUCUGACUGGAUUUAAUAUCACUUACAAUUUUGACAUGUGUCCGAAUAAUUGCUCAGGCCGAGGAGAGUGUAAGAGCAGUAACAGCAGCAGCACUGUUGAGUGUGAAUGUUCUGAAAACUGGAAAGGGGAGUCGUGUGACAUUCCUCACUGUACAGACAACUGUGGCUUUCCUCACCGAGGCAUCUGUAAUGCAAGCGACACCAGAGGGUGCUCCUGCUUCCCUCACUGGCAGGGUCCUGGAUGUUCAAUUCCUGUGCCAGCUAACCAGUCUUUUUGGACUCGAGAGGAAUAUUCUGAUUUAAAGCUUCCCAGAGCUUCUCAUAAAGCUGUGGUCAAUGGAAAUAUAAUGUGGAUUGUUGGCGGAUAUAUGUUCAACCAUUCAGAUUACAGCAUGGUUUUAGCAUAUGACCUGGUUUCUAGGGAAUGGCUUCCACUAAACCAUUCUGUGAACAGUGUGGUUGUAAGAUAUGGUCAUUCUUUGGCAUUACAUAAGGAUAAAAUCUACAUGUAUGGAGGAAAAAUUGAUUCAACAGGGAAUGUGACCAAUGAGCUGAGAGUAUUUCAUAUUCAUAAUGAAUCAUGGGUGUUGUUAACCCCCAAAGCUAAGGAUCAGUAUGCAGUGGUUGGACACUCAGCACACAUUGUUACACUGGCAUCUGGCCGUGUGGUCAUGUUGGUCAUCUUCGGUCAUUGCCCACUCUAUGGAUAUAUAAGCAUUGUGCAGGAAUAUGACUUGGAAAAGAACACAUGGAGUAUAUUACAAACUCAGGGUGCUCUUGUGCAAGGGGGUUAUGGCCACAGCAGUGUUUAUGACCACAGGACCAAGGCUCUAUAUGUUCAUGGUGGCUACAAGGCUUUCAGCGCCAACAAAUACCGUCUUGCAGAUGACCUCUACAGAUAUGAUGUGGACACUCAGAUGUGGACCAUUCUUAAGGACAGCCGAUUUUUCCGUUACUUGCAUACAGCUGUGAUAGUGAGUGGAACCAUGCUGGUUUUCGGAGGGAACACACACAAUGACACUUCCAUGAGCCACGGUGCCAAAUGCUUCUCCUCGGACUUCAUGGCUUAUGACAUUGCUUGUGACCGAUGGUCAGUGCUUCCCAGACCUGAACUCCAUCAUGAUGUCAACAGAUUUGGCCAUUCAGCAGUCUUGCACAACAGCACCAUGUAUGUGUUUGGUGGCUUCAACAGCCUCCUCCUCAGUGACGUCUUAGUCUUUACCUCGGAGCAGUGUGACGCACAUCGCAGUGAGGCUGCUUGUGCGGCAGCAGGACCUGGUAUCCGGUGUCUGUGGGACACAGAGUCAUCUCGAUGUACCUCCUGGGAAUUGGCAACUGAAGAACAAGCAGAAAAGUUAAAAUCAGAAUGUUUUUCCAAAAGAACCCUUGACCAUGACAGAUGUGACCAGCACACAGAUUGUUACAGCUGCACAGCCAAUACCAAUGACUGCCACUGGUGCAAUGAUCACUGUGUCCCUGUGAACCACAGCUGCACAGAAGGCCAGAUCUCCAUUGCCAAGUAUGACAGUUGCCCCAAGGAUAACCCCAUGUACUACUGCAAUAAGAAAACCAGCUGCAGGAGCUGUGCUCUAGACCAGAACUGCCAGUGGGAACCCCGGAAUCAAGAGUGCAUCGCCCUGCCUGAAAAUAUCUGUGGCAUUGGCUGGCAUUUGGUUGGAAACUCAUGUCUGAAGAUCACUACUGCUAAGGAAAAUUAUGACAAUGCUAAAUUGUCCUGUAGAACCCACAGUGCCUUUUUGGCUUCCCUUACGUCCCAGAAGAAGGUGGAGUUUGUCCUUAAGCAGCUUCGAUUAAUGCAGUCAUCUCAGAGCAUGUCCAAGCUCACUCUGACUCCAUGGGUUGGUCUUCGGAAGAUCAAUGUAUCUUACUGGUGCUGGGAGGAUAUGUCUCCAUUCACAAAUAGUUUGCUGCAGUGGAUGCCAUCUGAGCCCAGUGAUGCUGGCUUCUGUGGGAUCUUGUCAGAACCUAGUACUCGGGGAUUGAAGGCUGCAACCUGCAUCAACCCACUCAAUGGAAGUGUUUGUGAAAGGCCUGCAAACCACAGUGCCAAGCAGUGCCGGACACCAUGUGCCCUGCGGACAGCGUGUAGCGAGUGCACUAGCAGCAGCUCCGAGUGCAUGUGGUGCAGCAACAUGAAGCAGUGUGUAGACUCCAAUGCCUAUGUGGCCUCCUUCCCCUUUGGCCAGUGUAUGGAGUGGUAUACAAUGAGCAGCUGCCCACCUGAAAAUUGCUCUGGCUACUGUACCUGCAGCCAUUGCUUGGAGCAGCCAGGCUGUGGUUGGUGUACUGAUCCUAGCAAUACUGGGAAAGGAAAAUGUAUUGAGGGCAGCUAUAAAGGACCUGUGAAGAUACCUUCACAGGCCUCUACAGGAAAUGUGUAUCCACACCCCCUUUUGAAUUCCAGCAUGUGUCUAGAGGACAGCAGAUACAACUGGUCUUUCAUUCAUUGUCCAGCUUGCCAAUGCAACGGACACAGCAAGUGCAUCAACCAGAGUGUCUGUGAGAAGUGUGAAGACCUGACCACGGGCAAGCACUGCGAGACCUGCAUAUCGGGUUUCUAUGGUGACCCAACUAACGGAGGCAAAUGUCAGCCAUGCAAGUGCAAUGGACAUGCAUCACUGUGCAACACCAACACCGGCAAGUGCUUCUGUACCACCAAGGGUGUCAAGGGGGAAGAGUGCCAACUAUGUGAGGUAGAAAAUCGAUACCAGGGAAACCCUCUCAAAGGAACAUGUUACUAUACCCUUCUCAUUGACUAUCAGUUCACUUUUAGCCUGUCCCAGGAAGACGACCGCUAUUACACAGCCAUCAAUUUUGUGGCUACUCCUGAUGAACAAAACAGAGAUUUGGACAUGUUCAUCAAUGCCUCCAAAAACUUCAACCUCAACAUCACCUGGGCCACCAGCUUCCCAGCCGGAACCCAGACUGGAGAAGAGGUGCCUGUUGUUUCAAAAACCAACAUCAAGGAAUACAAAGAUAGCUUCUCUAAUGAGAAAUUUGAUUUUCGCAACCAUCCAAACAUUACUUUCUUUGUUUAUGUCAGUAAUUUCACUUGGCCCAUCAAAAUUCAGAUUGCCUUCUCCCAGCACAGCAAUUUUAUGGACCUGGUACAGUUCUUCGUGACUUUCUUCAGCUGUUUUCUCUCUCUGCUUCUGGUGGCUGCAGUGGUCUGGAAGAUCAAACAGAGCUGUUGGGCAUCUAGGCGGAGAGAGCAACUUCUUCGGGAGAUGCAACAGAUGGCCAGCCGCCCCUUUGCUUCUGUAAACGUUGCCUUGGAAACAGAUGAAGAGCCUCCUGAUCUCAUUGGGGGAAGUAUAAAGACUGUUCCGAAGCCCAUUGCCCUGGAGCCCUGCUUUGGAAACAAAGCCGCAGUUCUUUCUGUAUUCGUGAGGCUCCCUCGAGGACUGGGAGGAAUUCCUCCUCCUGGUCAGUCAGGUCUUGCUGUGGCCAGUGCCCUGGUGGACAUUUCUCAGCAGAUGCCAAUAGUAUACAAGGAGAAGUCAGGAGCUGUAAGAAACCGGAAGCAGCAGCCCCCUGCACAGCCUGGAACCUGCAUUUGAUACUGGGGCAGGAAUUCAUCCUCACAGAGGGGCAUGUGGUCCACUAAGCUGUCUACAGGGGAGGCUGCAGGCAGGAAGCAGGUGUGGGGCAGAAGACUGGAAACCUUUGAAGCCUCCAACUCACAUGCAUGAUCAUACAAGCUGUUUUGAUGGUUCAUCCCUUCUGUGUCCAGCAUCUAACCUUUUACUUCUGUGUAGGAAAUAAUUGAAUUGCAAGUUCAGGAGUGACCUGCUCUACUCACAGGUGGAAGAGACCAGUGUAGACCCUGUGAGAGCUGACAGUGAUGCUGAGGUCCCUUGUGGAAGUUCCUCUUGGGAAUCUCAACUGCAAAAGUGAUGACCUCUGUCAGCAGCUCUCUGGCAUGGUCCUCUCAACACUCCUCAGAUGAAUUGUUCUCAUCUGAAGCUUGCUGUCUUGUGACAAGAUGUGCUUUUACUCUCUUCCAGGAAGUAGCUUUUUUUCUAGCUAAGAAUUAAUAACGGUCAUUCUCUUUGAAAGUCAUAUCAAAGUAUAAUUGAUGGGGGCCUUGUUUUGUUUUUGUUUUGUUUUGUUGGAGACAGGGUCUCACUGUGUAGUCCUAGCUGGCCUGGAACUCACUAUGUAGAUCAGGCUGGACUGAACUCACAAAGAUCCACCUGCCUCUGCCUCACAAAUGCUGGGAUAAAAAGCGUGUACCACCAGGCCCAGCAAAGAGGGCUAUUUUAAAUGUCAAGGUCAAUGGCGUUAGAAUAUAAGCAAAUGCAAUUGAUAAUUCUCUGUAGAAACUUGAUUAAUUUAAUUUUAAUCCAUUCUUUCCUUUCUCUCACUCUGUCUUACACACAUGCACAUGUGCACACACACACACACACUAAGUGCCUAGACUUUAAAUAGAUCUAGCAAUUGGAACGUUAGUAAGCCUAAGUUUUUACAUGAUUGCAUUCCUACAUUCUUGUAAAAUUUAAGUAACUACCAUUGCAGUUUGUUCUUUUUUUUUUUUUUUUUUAAGUCUAAUUUGCAGCCAAGAAUAAUUCUCAUCCUAAGAAACAUUUAAUAAGGACUACUAGCAAUAGGGACUGAAUGACCCUCCAGCCCCAGCCUAGUGUCACUUUAGGCCUGAUGUUUGGUCAACCCUCUGGGCUUCUUCUGCCAAGGCACUACAGAAUGCACUUGCUCGUGUCAUGUGUCUUUCAAGCAGAAAAGAGCACUGACACCUGGGACACCUGGCUCUGUCUUCCUAUAGCUGCUCCCACUAACCUGUGGGAACCUGUGGGUCAUCCCCAGGCUGGAUGGAGUACACACUAGAAGAGGGAUGGUACCUGGCGUUGGGACAGCAUCUGCUCAGCAAGCACAUGGAAAGGGACCUGGUUCCAUCUCCCCUGGGUAGGAGUUGGUCCAGCCUUCCCCAGACACAGCUGAGGUGGUGAGUGCUAAUGAGGAUGAAAAGCACACGGGUGAGUGGGAAGGGAAAGACCAAACAAAAUGUCCACGUUAAGAGGGGUGAGCAGUCCUCUGCUCUGUGCCCAGGACCCAGCCUGGACAUAGCAUUUCCCCAUUUAUGGUGCUCAGUAUUCUGGCAUUAUGAAGCAACCUCACACCUGUCCUCUCCUGCUUCCUAUCCUGCAGUUCUGCUAUUUCCUGAUUAGAAUAGCCCUCUAGGCAACAGCACUCAAAUGUGUGCGUUUGGAGAAGUUAACAAUCAGAAGAACAAAAGCUGUAGCAGUUCACCUUUAAAUGCAAUGCUGAAGAGGGAGCCUUUCUCUAAGCCCCGCACUAACCCCAUUCCUCUCAAGACUCUUCUGGAGUGACAUUUCAAAGCUGAUCCAUAAAUCACUGGAUGCACAAAACACUGCUGUAAGGCACACCUCUUAAAACAUGACUCUUUGCAUCACUCUUAAAGAGCAGAAAGUUCUAGAAAUGAUCCCAGCCUCAUCCCCUAUGCAGUUAGGAGCUCCCCACACCCCUACCAAAACCCAGCACAUAAGUAUCUUCAUGAUCUAGCCUUUCAUCUCCAUAACAACCCAGGGACUCUUGGCCAAAAGAAAGAGAGAAGUUGCACUAGGGCUUGUUCUUAUGUAAGGAAAUUCCCCCUCUGCUUUGCUCAAAGGACCAAAUUUCUUUGGCCAAAGAGUUUGCUUCUAUGUUAGUCCCAUACCUUGAAAUAAUAAGUACCAUGGCUCCCACCUACCUGCUUAUGUUCCCACCCCCUUAGGGAUACUGUUUAUUCUUUCGAAAGAAGCAAAUGGCAUUUAUUCUGCUCCUGUAAUGGAGAAACAGCCAGCUUCACCUGCAUCUCCUUUAUAGCCAACAGCUCCCUUCAGGCUUAAAGCAGAGGGGAAUGGCAGGGAAGAGCUCAGCUCAGAGCCAGUUACCAAGAAGGAAUAGAUUUGUGACCCAGUGACUGUGUCACAAGAGAACAUGUAUAUAAAAUAGUCAUGAAGAUGCUGACCUUGCACUUGUACAUAACUAUACUGUAGUGUCCAGAAUGUUCACACAUUCAGGGUGUACAUAAAAAGGAAAGGAUCAUAAUGUAUUUUUAUUAAACAUUAACAUCUGACUUUAAUCUGUUUCUGUGCCAUAUACUGGGUAUCCAAGCUCUGGAAAGUCAUCUUACCAGGCCCUGAUCUGUUGAUAGGCAUUGUACACCAUGCUGGUAUGUUCUGUAGCCUUGUGCCCAUUAGGUAACUAGAUAAUGAUUCAGCUCUUAGAAUACCUAGGAAGAGAGCACGAAUGGUGACACACAGUUGUGAUUGAUCCACACAUUCAGAAGACAGAGGCAGGAAGAAAAAAUUCAAAAAUGGGACUGGAGAGAUGGCUCAGUGGUUAAAGAGCACUGGCUGCUCUUAGACAGGACACUGGUUCAGUUCCCAGCACCCACAUGGUGGCUCACAACCUUUGUGACUACAAUUCCAGAUAACCUGACACCCUCUUCUGGCCUCCUCAGGUGCCUGUGGCGGUGCACAUGGUGCAUAGCAAACACACAGGCAAAACACCCAACACACACAAAACAAAACAAAAACAAAGAAUUCAAGAAUAGCCUGGGCUACAUAGCAAGAGCCUGUCUCAGAACAAACGAACCUAAGAAGAGCCAGGCAGUGUGCCUAUUUACACGGCAGUACUCAAGAGAACUCAGGGAGCAAGAGUGUUCAUCACUGUUGUCAUUUCAAAUGCUCCUUGUGAUUUCUGGCACCUCUGUGGGGUGAGGUGUUCUGUUACUCUUUAAAUUCAAAGACUGUCACCUGUGAACGUCAGACUUUGCAAAGGGGCUCUCUAGGCUGCAUUGUUGUGGCUUUGUCUAAAAUUUUAAUGACAUUUCUGAGAACCAUGUUCUUUUUAUAUACUAAAAGGGGAUGGGAGGGCUCAAUUGUUGAUAAAUAGCACUUUUCCCACACCUCAGCCUCCUGUCCCCUUCCUAGUCUUCCCGACACAGUCUGGAGAGGGCUCUGAAAGGUCCAAAGAGGUGUGGCUCGAAAGCAACCCGAUGUGCCCCCUGGGCUAACCUGGAAGAAGACUGUCAGCAAAAGGAAAAAACCAGAAUAUCUGGAAGGCUCGAGGUAUAAGAUGGAAUCUCAUUAGGGAAUUAGGUGAACAGGAGCAGAGCGCCUCCGGUAGGUGACGCUGCAGCCCGCCAGUGCCCGCCCUCUUUCAGCUCAGGAGUGUGCAUGCUGAGGAAGUGAUCCACCUCCUUGGGGGAUGGUGCUGUUUUUAUGAAAACCUUUGAUCCUUGGUGUCCUUUAAUUGAUCUGUUCAACAAAUAUUUACUAAACACUUCUAAGCUAAGCUAACAUUAGGACAGUGACUGAGGUGAAAACCCAGCUCUUUAGACAGCUGUCAUCCUAGGAGAGCUUCCUGGAAACAGAACCAAGAAGCCAGAAGGUUCUUCCUAGGGUGAGCCUUGGCUCCCUGAGGAAAUCUGAAAUGUUGACCCUGGUCACAACCUCCCAGCACAGCUUUGGAAUGAGAUGUCAGCAUGGCCUCCAGCUGAGCAGAGCCUCUGGAGCUCCACACCCUGUCUGUAGGGAGCCCUCAGGGUGCCCUCCAGAGUGCAGAGAGAAACUGGCACCUUCUCUCCUAAAGGCAAUAACAGAAGCUGCUCUCAGAACUUGACUCUGUGCACAAAACACUAGUGAAGCCUGCUGAACUAAUUCUGCCUCUGGAAAUCUUUUCUGGUUAUUUACAGUUCAUUGUUUUGUUUUGAUCCAAGCUUAGUUUGUUAAUAUGUGUAAUUUAGCAUCUGUUGCACUCGUGUAAAUAUGGAGUAAGUAUUGUAAACUAUUUAAUUGCUGGGAUUGUUGGUGUUAUACAUACAUUUAGGACUGCAAUUUUUGGUAUUUUUUUGUAUUGUAAAAUAACAGCUAAUUUAAUCAGGAACAAGAGAAGGGGGGUCUGCAUUUUAAAUGCAAAUGUGAAGCACUUGUAUAUAAACAAAAGUAAAUACUAUAAUACAAAAUUCCUUCUGAAAUAAAAAUAGAUCUGGUAAAA